AUGAAGUUGGGUGCAAAUCAAAAGCUACUGGUGGCCGCGCUGCUGCUGGCCGUGGUCGCGGUGGUGUCGAGCAAGUCGCUCGACAAGAUCCGCCGGAUGCCACCGGGCAUCGAGCGGAUGUUUAGCCACACCCAAGGGCCCCAGCCACCGAAGGGAUACGUCUCGCAGAACCCGCGCACUGUCGAGGGUCGCUUCUCGGCCAAGGUUGAUCAUUUCAACCCGCAGAGCCGCGACAUGUUUGAGUUCAACUACCUGCACAACGACCAGUACUACCGGCAGGGAGGCCCCCUGUUCGUGGUGGUCCCUGGCCACUAUCCGCUCAACUCGUACUUCAUGGAGAACAGCCACUUCCGGGAUGUGGCCGCCUUGAACGGAGCGUGGUUGGCGACCUUCGAGCAUCGCUACUUCGGAGCCAGUGUGCCCGUACCGAACCUAUCUGCCGCAAACAUGCGCUUCCUGCGCACGGAGCAGGUCCUGUUCGAUCUGAUCGAGUGGAUCGACUUCCUGAAGCGCGAGGUCGUCGGGGACCCGAACGCACGCGUGAUCCUGCACGGAGUCGCUUACGGUGGGUCGCUCGCGUCCUGGGCUCGCCAGCGCUUCCCGAACAUCAUCGACGGUGCGUGGGCCUCCAGCGCGCCGGUCCGCGCCACCUCCAGUUUCCCCGAGUUCGCCGAGGAUGUCGGACAACUCAUCCGCUCAUAUGGUGGUGACGAGUGUUACAACCGCAUCUUCCAGGCCUUCCACACGGCCCAGAACCUGCUCGAUGCCGGCCAGACCACCCUGUUGUCGAACAUGUUCAACACCUGCGACCCGAUCAACGUGAGCGAUCCGAUCGAGGUUGAACUGUUCUUCUUCGCCAUGAUGCUGUCGCUCGAGGCUGCCAUGGUGGAGGAUCUGGAAAUCGAGAGCCUUGAGCGCGUGUGUAACGCCCUCACGAGCACCCAGUUUGAUACCGGCCUCGACGCGCUGUCCAAUUUACUGAUGGACCGCUACGCCGAUGCCCGCGAGUGCUUCGACCUGUCGUUCGAGAACUUUGUCCGCUACCUGACCGACGAGGACAUUGAGGCGGAGCAGAACCUCGAGUACGGUCUGCGGCAGUCCAACUACCACGACUGCACCGAAUUCGGCCUGUUCCCGACGCUCUCGUCGGCCAACCAGCCGUUCGGUGACCGCGUCACGUACGCGCUGUUCCUGGCCGAGUGUCAGGCCGCGUUCGGCGAGUGGCUUACCCAGGAAGUCGUGUUUGAUGGCGUGCGGUUGACCAACUUCCACUUCGGCGCGACCGACCCGCGCACUACGAACGUGCUCUUCACGCACGGUGCCCGCGACCCGAUCCGCCACCUCGGCAUCACCUCCUACACGAACCUGCUCGCCAACGCCCGCGUCACUCCAGGCGAGUUCCUCGGCGCGGACAUCGUCUCCAUCUCCGGCUUCGACUCGGAGGAGCUGCUCGAGACGAAGCACAUGGCCGAGGAGUACAUCGUCACCUGGCUCGGUUCGCAAAUCAACCCGUUCCGGAAGUAG